AUGUUUCGAAUGUUUCUAAGGAGAAUGUGCUCUGCACCAAAGUCUAAAAGUACACCCAUACCGGUGUUUGGCGUAGCAGGGCGAUAUGUUUCGGCUCUAUACAGUGCAGCGUUACAAAUGAAUCAACUUGAUGAAACCGAGAAACACCUUCGGAGUUUGCAAAAGGAACUAAAUAAACCUAAAGUAGUCGACUUCCUCGAGACUAGUAUGGUAACAUCGGCAGACAAAGCUAAGCUGUGGAAACAAGUCGGCGAAGAAUCAGGAAUGCCACCGGCUGCUGUAAAUUUUUUGGUCAUCGUUGCUGAAAAUGGGCGUUUAAAAAUGUUAAGGCGCAUAGUUCAAACGUUUUUAGCAGUGAUGGUAGCACAUAGAAAUGAAGCUAUAUGUGAAGUAAUAACUGCUAAAGCCCUUGAUGAUGGCUCCCGUCAAGCCCUGAUGAGCGCUUUGAAGAAAUUUGUCAAAAGUGGCAAGAAUAUUCAACUAACGGAAAAGGUUGACCCUUCAAUUAUUGGAGGGCUAAUUGUUGGCAUUGAAGAUAAACACAUCGAUCUUAGUAUUGCACGAAGGAUUCAAAUGUACUCUGAUAUUUUAAAACAGUCUGUCUGAAAUCCAGCUUUUGAGAUUAAAUGUCUUUUUUAAUUUUUUAUUCCCCUACAAGUGAUGAUGCAGCUUAAGAUGGUAGCAAGCUAUCCUCUUUUGGGGUAUGGAACCCCAGUCGGUUUCUACGUCGCAUCGUAUCGAGACACUAAAACACUUGCUGGCACGUCU